AUGGCGUAUUCACGGCCGUUAUUGUUGCGACAUAUGACGCAGGUUCAUGGAAUUGUAGCUCCAUUGAUCCAUAAAACGUUUUCUGACCGCGAAAAACUUCAGAUAUGGUUGGAACAACUUCGCGAGACACAUGCCAUAGAAUUCGUCGUUUCAUCAGGAUCCAAGAAGUGGGGUCAAGGUCUACAGGUUCACUACCUCACUUGCUCACGGAGUGGAGAGCAGAAGGAGCGUCCCAACAAGAAAUUCAGGCGACCAACACGUCCGUCAAUAAAAUGCGGAAAGAACUGCAUGGCUUAUUUGAAGGUAAUGAGGAUAUUAAUUAUGAAGUAUUCUCCGUUGUAUUGA